AUGGAAUUCUUAAAGUUGUUAUUAAAUAUUGGUUUAAUAUUGGUUAUGAGUUUCUCCAUCAAUGGUUUUGAAAUUAUACGUCGUUUAUCCGUUAACACGAUACCAAUUCACUAUGAUAUCAAACUGAUACCGUAUCUCGAGGAAGGCAAUUCUACUUUCCACGGCGAAUCUAAUGUCAAAAUCGUAAUUUAUCAUGCAUCGCAAAAUAUAAACUUACACUCAAGAGAAUUAGAAAUAAAUGAAAGGGCGACAACGUUGAUUAAUGACAAGGUUGGUUUUGUACAAACUGGUUUCAUGAAAUUUCCGUACACAAAUAAAGAAGGAAACAAAAUGUGGGUGGUUGCAACGCAUUUCGAGCCGAAUGGAGCCAGACGAAUGUUUCCAUGUUGGGACGAGCCAGCGUUAAAAGCCACCUUUAACAUAUCUGUAAUACAUGAUGAGAAAUAUAUAGUAUUGUCAAAUAUGCCAGUACGAGAACAAUGGCAAAUAGAUGACUUGAUACUGACACACUUCAACACUACUCCUAUAAUGUCCACAUAUCUUGUGGCGAUUGUUAUAAUCCCCAUACAAUCUGAUUUUGUCCGUGUUUCCAAUGCGAAUAAAACCAUUAAUUUUUGGUGUAACUCGUCUUUGGCAAAGCAAAUAAACUUAGCGCAUAGUAUUGCUCGAAAAAUCACGCCGCUUUUAAUUGAAUAUAUCAAUAGUUCCGAAAAAGUACCGAAAAUGGAUCACGUCAUAAUACCGAAUUUUCCGAUUCACGGCAAGGAAAAUUGGGGACUUAUCAUUUACAGUCAAGCAUCAGGAAUUGUCUAUAAUGAUAAAAAACAACCAAG